AUGGCAUUAUUCCAGGUUGAAGGAUGGAAUUUGAAGCAAGAUAAGGUAGCUAUUGGUGGUGGUUCAGAUAAGAAAAAGGAGAAGAAGGAAAGAAAGAAGGCGAAGAAGAUAGAGCACGCUAUAGUGAGAAAAGAAGAAGAGAAGCAACUACAAGCAGGGCACGAAGAACACGCUAAAACACAAGCUGAAGAGACAGAGAGUAAAAGUGGCAAUACCAAUGAGUCCGGUGUAAAGAAAGAAAAUCCAAAGAAAAGAAAGCAUGAAGAAAAGGAAGUACAAGCAGUAGUCCCUGAUAAACCGUUACCAAUCACUCUGAAAUUAACUCCAUUGCAACAAAAAAUGAUGGCAAAGUUAUCAGGUUCUAGAUUUAGAUGGAUAAAUGAGCAGUUGUAUACAAUUACUUCAAAAGAUGCAUUGAAGUUGAUCGAGGAACAACCUGAGUUGUUUGAUGAAUAUCAUCAGGGAUUUAGAUCCCAAGUGCAAUCAUGGCCGGAAAAUCCUGUUGAUGUAUUUGUAGACCAAAUUAAAACCAGAGCAUCUGCUAAACCUGUUAAUGCGCCAGGUGGUUUACCUGGUUUACCAAACAAGAAGGUGGUGAUUGCAGAUAUGGGCUGUGGUGAAGCACAAUUGGCCUUAGAUGUUAAUAACUUUACAAAACAAUAUAAUUCUAAGAAACCUAACAAAAAGCAAAAGCAAAAUCAGGGUAGGAGAUUCCAAACGGGACCAAAAACCUUAGAUAUAGAAGUUCAUAGUUUUGAUUUGAAGAAGGCCAAUGAUAGAAUUACAGUCGCUGAUAUCAAGAAUAUCCCUCUCCCUGAUGGGUCAUGCACAGUAGUCAUAUUUUGUUUGGCAUUAAUGGGAACAAACUUCUUAGACUUCAUAAAAGAAGCCUACAGACUUUUAGCCCCAAGAGGUGAAUUAUGGAUCGCUGAAAUCAAGUCGAGAUUUACUGAGUCAUCCGAAGCUAAAUCCAUCAAACCUGAAGAUAUAGGCUCAGAAUUCGUUGAUUCCUUGAAGCUUUGUGGCUUCUUCCACAAGAAAACUGACAACGAUAAUAAAAUGUUCACCAGAUUCGAAUUUUUCAAGCCUCCGCAAGAUAUCAUUAAUGAGAGAAAGGCCAAAUUAGAGAGACGUAAGAAAUUUGUUGAACACGAAGACGAAAAAGAGCAAUUCGAGCUCAAGAGAUCAGAGAAGGCUGAGGGUGAAUGGUUAUUGAAACCUUGUAUAUAUAAGAGAAGGUAA